AUGUCAACCUCCCCUCGAAAAAAUAACAAGUCAGCCCGCGUCCAGGCGGAUUCUAUCUCCCAUAAAUCUCGUCAUGUUAACGGCGCGUCGAAGCCCAGGUCCACGCUUGAUUCGUUCAAAGCAUCGGCAAAGCGGCCUGCUCCCCCGGGCGCACCACCAAGACCCUACGUCCCACCACCGCUUCCGCUCAGCGACGAGCUCGUAGCGUCAGAGUACCAGAAAGUGCUGAACGGGCCCGCGGACAGCCGGGACGCUUCUUUCGGCCAAGCCCUCGCGCAACUGCUUGGAGCGCUCCCUCGGUCUGGGAAUGGUCAAUACAACGUCAAAGAAGCCGCCGCCCAGAACUAUCUCACAAAACUAGGGCUAUAUGCGCAGCCGAGGCUCACCAACGAUUUCCCGCCCCUAUACAAGGUCGGAGGCCACACGUCAAACAAGGACUCAUUCCCGGCCGUAUUCCUCAAGAACGCUAACGCGCCGUACGUCGAGAGGACCACCGUCGGAAAUCACGGCUUCGCGUACAUGACGUCGGAAGUCUGCAAAGCGGUCUGCGAGUGUGGGACGUUCCACCUCUUCGUUUACCGCCAGUAUCCAUAUGGUCAAGAGCUCCCAUAUCCCUGGCGUUACUGUGGGCUCUUCUGCGCGCACAAGAUCGGAUACAAGCUAUCCACACCCGGAUGGGAGCGCUUGAGCGAUGAGGCGAAGAAAGCAGCUGCCGAAACCCACUGCGUAUCCCUCCACGGGGGAGACAGGGCGUCCGCCACUCCCGAGAACAUACUCCGCUACCAGCAGGAAUUCCGCAUCCGCGCCGUCGAGAUGCCGCUCGUGCUCUUAGAGUGCGUCGAGUUCCCAUACGGAUACGGCAGGGCUCUGCUCUCUGAGGAUUGCCAGCAUAGUGUUGCUAUAAAGCGCACGCUAACGAAGGCCAUACCAAAGAGGGCCGACAUCGAGCGUGAUGAGGCGGCAAAGGCACAAGUGAAGGACAAAGCACGGCGGGCUGAGCCCCGCUGGUAG